GAUCAGCAGGCCGGCAAAUUUUCACCUCGCUUUCAGACACAAAAAGACGGCAAAAAGAUGUCCCCUCUUCCCGCAAAUUUAGCGGGAUCUCUGUGUGAAAAGGCCUAAAUUGAGUAAAAGCCAAUCCACACAUCACCUCUAGAGAGUUACAGACCUUGUUGGCAGCAUCUGGAAUACAUCUACAUGUGUCUACAUGUAGCCUCUGCUCUCAAAAAAGAACAAAACUGCCCAAUUCAACUUUCAGAGGCCUUCUGGAAGUCCAUUCUCUGGACAGGAAAUGAAGAUGAGGGCAGCAUGGCAUUUUGUUUGGAUGACCUCCAAAAACUAGAUGACGGCGAUGAUGACGACGACAACGAUGAUGAUGAUGAUGAUGAUGAUGAUGGUGGUGGUGAUGACCAGUGGUAUAUUAAUCCCAGAGAUAAAGCAGUCCCACUUUACACCUGGCCUCUCUCCUCUCCACCCGUAAGCCACACAACCUCCACAACAGGUCUGGAAAAGCUGAGCUGGUCGCGCUCCCCCCUCCUGUGUUAGCUAUGCAACAUGCGUCUCAGAAACACUUCAAUUACAGUUAACCUGACUUGGAAAUACACCAAUGUGGAGUCUUUAAUGGCAGGGAUUGUUAAGAUCCUCC